AUGGACGCGCCGCGGGGCUCGGACGGCUGCCGCGGGGAAGCGCCCGCCGCCGCGCCGCUGCUGGAGGAGUCGUCGUCGUCCUGCCAGUCGCCGGCCGCCAAGGCGGGGGAGCCGCGCCGCACGUCGUCCUCCUCCUUCGGCUACGACGAGAGCGACGAGGAGGCGGCGGGGCCGGGGCCGGGGCCGGGGCCGGGGCGCGGCGCGGAGGAGCCGCACUACAUCAGCACACACGAGAUCCAGCUGAGCGAGGUGGAGCACGACAUGGACUUCGACGCGGCGCUGGCGGCGCGCUGGGACUUCGAGGACGACAACGUGAUCUACUCCUUCGUGGACUACGCCUCGUUCGGCAGCGCGGACACGCCGCCCGACGGCGAGGCCGAGCCGAGCUGCUCCCCGGCCAGCGAGCCCGGCCCCGGCCCCGUUCCCGGCCGCGGCGACCCGGAACCCGAUCCGCCCUGCCCCGCCGGGGCCCCCCGCGCCGCGGGCGGCGGCCACGUCCUCCUCGCCAUCGGGCCCGCCUCCCGGGCUAUAAAGGAGUGUAGCGACGGGCGCGGCGAGCGCGACUCGGCGCCGGGGGGCGACAUGAGCCUGUGCCUGCCGGCCGCCGGCCGCGAGCCGGCCAAGCGCCUGCUGGCCGUGCCGGCGCGGCUGCAGGCCCGCGAGCCCGGCGACUACUCGAGCGGCGCGUCCAGCGCCGUGAGCGAGCUGGACGACGCGGACAAGGAGGUGCGCAGCCUCACGGCCCGCGCCUUCCGCAGCCUAGCCUGCCCCGGCCUGGACGCGGCGCUGCCGCCCGGCUCCCGCGCCUCGUCCGCCGCCUCGCGGCCCGGCAGCGCGCACCGCUGGGCCACCUACCUGGACCUCAAGUGCGGCAGCUUCGGGCCCCGCGCCGAGCAGAGCCUCUUCCACAGCGGCGGCCGCGCGCAGAGCCGGGCGCUGGAGUUCGUGGUGAGCCGCCUGGACGGCGAGAUCGCGCACGUGGAGACGCCGGGCCCGGCCGGGCCGCGCGUGCUCAGCCGGCUUGAGCCGCUGAGCCUGAGCCUGAGCCGGCGCGGGCCGCCGCCUAGCCCCGAGGCGCCGGCGGACGCGAGCAGCAAGAAGUCCAAGGUGGCCUCCAGCCUGCUCAAGAACGUCAUCUCCAAGAAGAUGCGGCUGGAGCACGAGUCCAAGAUGGAGCGCGGCGAGAUCACGGACACGUCGUCCCCGCGCCGCGCCGCCGCCGGCCUGCAGCGCCAGGGCUCCCGCGUGUCCGAGGCCAGCUCCGAGCACACGCUGGUGCCGGCGGAGGAGCCGGCCGAGCCGCGCACGCCCACGCCGCGCCCCGAGCCCGCCUGCCAGGUGAAGAAGAGCGCCUCGGAGGCCAUCAAGGCCACCUUCCUGCGCAGCCAGCACAGCGCCUUCCGCAGCUGGAGGGAGCGUGAGGCCGAGAAGCUGCAGCAGCAGCAGCAGCCGCCGCCGCAGCCACAACCGCACCCGCAGCCGCCGCAGCCGUCGUCGGGGAAGCCGCGCUGCGACUGGCGCGCCGACCUGGGCCAGGUGUCGGCCGGCAAGGCCACCAAGAUGUCGCGCCUCUUCGUGCCCAGCAUGCAGCAGGCGCCCAGGGGCCCGGAGCCGGGCAAGCAGGCCACCAAGUGCUCCACGGCGCGGGCGGCUGCCGCCUCGCUGAUGCGCGCGCGGGCGCCCGAGAUCCGCAUCAGCCUGGGCAGCAUCGCGCAGGGACCGCCGCCCUUCAGCAUCGCGCAGCUGCUCACGCCGCAGCUGGCUCGCGACCCGCCGCGCCCCGCCGCGUCGGACAAGGUGCCGCAGUUCCAGGUGCGCGACGUGCGCGACAGCAAGGCCAAGGCGCCGGGGCCGCUGCACCAGGUGCGCGACGUGCGCAAGCUGCUCAAGAGCUCCUACAGCAACCGCGACGCGCCCGACACCCCCAGCGACCGCGGCAGCGUGGCCUCCGACCAGGGCUCGGCGGAGCCACGGGCCCGGCCGCUCCUGCCGGCCCGCGCCGCCUCCCCCGGGCCCGGCAAGGGGCUCGGCUCCCCGCCCGAGGGCACGAUCCUGGUGCACCGCACCUCGGGCCGCCUGCCCGUGGCCACCAUCGCGCCCAACAAGAGCGACCCGCGCCUGCCCGCCGUGCUCAAGAUCGUCUCCAAGGGCGCUGCGCCUUGGAAGCAGCCGAGGGGCAAGGGCGAGGAGGAGGCGCGGGACGAGGGCCGGCCGGCGGCGGGGCCCGCCCGCAACGCGCUGGAGAAGCUGACGGCGGCGGUGCGCAGCAUGGAGGAGCUGUAUAGCUUCAGCCGCCACGAGUGGAAGCGCAAGAGCGACCCGCUGCCCAUCACCGGCAGCCACGUCCUGUCGCUCAUCGCCAGCCAGGAGCGCGGCCCCGCGCCUCUGCGCCCCGCGGACGAGCCCGAGCCUGAGCCCCAGCCCGAGCCGGCGGGCGCGGUGCCCGGCAAGGCGGAGAGGAGCGCGGCCCCGACGGCGCCGGCCCGGGCCUCCCACGACCCGCGCCGCAGCUCCAACCCCGACAAGGUGUCGGCCAAGGCGGCCGCCUUCGAGACCCUGGCGCGGGAGCGCGAGCGGCAGCGCGGCCCGCCCGAGCGGCCCCCGCCCGCCGCCGCCGCCCCGCCGCCCCCGCGCGGCCUCCCGGCGCCCAAGGCGGCCGCCCCCGCCAAGCCGCCGGCCGAGGCCACCCCGCUGCGCGCUCCCAAGGCCGGCCCCGCGGCGCCGCGCGGCCCCCCGCUGCCCGCCGCGCUGCCCGGCCCCGACGCCAAGGGCGCGGCCGAGGCGGAGAGGGCGGCGACGGCGGCGGCCGGGCCCGACUGCGGCAACUACCUGGCCCUCCCGCGCCACGCGGGGGCCGGGGCUGGGGCUGGGGGCGAGGGCGGCCGGCCGGCUCCGGCUCCGGCUCCGGCUCCGGGCCCGGCGGCGCUGUGCAGCCUGCAGCCCUUCAGCCCGGGCCGCGCCGCCGAGUGGCGGGGCAGGGAGGAGGGCGGCGGCGCCGCCGGGCCGCAGCCGCAGCCCCCGCCGCCCUCCGCCGCCGAGCUGCAGGCGGCCGCCCCCGCAGCCGCCUACCCGGCCGCCCUGCCCCUGGCCGCGCUGGCGGGCGCGCAGCCGCCGCUGCUCUGCUUCUCGCCGCCGUCCGCCGCCGAGGCCGUGCCGCUGCCGCUGCAGCUGCCCGUGGCGCUGGCGCAGCCGCCGCGCCGGGUGCUGCUGGACGUGAGCACGGGGCAGCUGUACGUGGUGGAGGCGCCGCCGCCGCCCAAGCGCCGCCUUUUCGACCCCGAGACCGGGCAGUACGUGGAGGUGCCGCUGCCGCUGCCGCCGCCGCCGCCGCUGCCCGCGCCGCCCCUGGCCCUCGGGCCCGGCGCCGCCUACGCGCCCACCUACAUGCUGUACCCCGGCUUCCUGCCCGCGCUCUCCCAGCCCGGCGGCGACGCGGCGGGCAGCCCCGGGGCGGCCGAGGCGCUGCUGGCCGACAGCCCCUACUACGUGGCCGCCGGCAAGCCGCAGGGGGCCGCCGGCGCCAGGGCCGCCGAGGGCAAGCCCGUCAUCAGCAUCACGUCGCAGCCGCUGGGGCCCCGGCUCAUCGCGCCGCCCUCCUUCGACGGCACCACCAUGAGGUUCGUCGUGGAGCACCGGUGAUGGCGGGGGCAGGCGGGCCGCUGGUGCAAGGAAGAAGACCUAUCCUCCUUUAAUCCGGUACUCAUUCGGUAACACUAAGCAUCCAUCCUUAAAACUGUUUCUACGGUUAUUUAAUUUUUGCUUCAUACAAAAAAGUGUGCACGUUUUUUGUUUCCUCUUAAAUACUCCCAUAUUUGGAGAAUGCAUAAAUUUAUUUAUGCACACAAGGUUGAAUUAUUGCAUUACUGUCUGUAAAGUUUUUUUUAUAUUGAAGCCAAGCUGUAGACUUUAUACAUGCCCCUAUGGUAGUGGUUAUGUGCAAGCACUAAAAAAUGUGCAUAUAAAACUAUCUUUAUUUCUUUUUUUUUAAACAAAAGUUUUCACUUGCUGAGCAGUUUGAAUACCCUUAUAAUAUUUGUAAAAAUAAAGUGUGUAGAUGCGAUAUCAUUUAAGCUUGGAUCAAAAUGCAUCUUGCAGAUACUCAGUAUGAUUACGGAUAUCUAAUGCAGCCAUGUAACACACAAAGCUGAGGCCAUUUGUCUUCUACUGAAGUCAAUAGGUGUCUAUAGACUUCACUGGGAGCAAGACUGGGCUCCUUCUUUAUAAUUUAUGGAUAUGCACUUUGAAUAGUAAACAAAGAUAUGUAGUAAUUAGGUUAUCUUUAGUGUGCAUUUUUGGCAUGGUUUCAACUGUUGUUGUUUAUCUGGAAACUUGUUUUGAUUGUUUUCUUUUUAUUUGCCCCUUUGUACUGUGUUUGACAUCACAAGUUGCCUUAAUCAUGGCAGUGUUUAAAUACUGGGAAGCCAGAAAUUGAAUGUAAUAUUUUUAGUCCCCAAUUUAAAGGAAAAGGCAGCAUUUAUUUUUCUUUAAGACUGCAGUCUUUUUUCAAAACUCUGACUUUGAAAACUUGUUUAAUUUCAAUAAGCCCCCAGAAGCACUUAAAUUGCUAUUUCUUUUUUAUAGCCAUUAUGUGGCUAAGUGAUAUGAGCCCUGAACCAACAAUACGUAUAUUUAUUUAAGUGGUCCCUCUCUUUGGUAUAAAAGGAAAGAUAAAAUAUAUUGGCUAGGUACAAUGGAAUACAUAUGCCUCUGGUAUAACUUUCCUGAAAAUAACAGAGUAAUCCUGGCAAUCACUUUCUGUCAGUAAGAGAGAACUGUUAGCUGGAUGGUAGGUCUAAAUUGCAUUUGGUUUUUAGUCAGUGACUUGUUUAUGUAUUACUACCCCUCCAAAACUCCCAUUCAGAUUAGCGGGGAUUUAGGCACAGCAAGAAAUGUAGUUCCAGGCCUAUAGCAUAAAGCCUAUAGUAUAAAGCACAUGUAAUAGCAUAAAGUGUAGUUGAAGCUGUCCUGGGUUAGAAGGAUGGGGUCUUUCUUGCAAUUUUCCCUUUUGAUGGCAAAAAGGGAGGCAUCUGCAUAAAGUUUACUCAGUUGAAUGCCAAUGUUUGUGCUCUUGUGUAUGUGUGUUUUAGAAUUGAUAUUUUUUGUUAAGUGUAAAAGACCACUAAUUUUAAUGAAUCUUGGCUUUUAUAUGAGCAGAAAUAACACUUUGCUGCUUAGUAACGUGUUGUGCUGUUACAAGGUCAUGGUAGGGAUUUAAAUCAGGUUUUGCAGGGAUAAUCUUAGGAAUCCUAGUUCUGUGGUGAUUUAAUUGCUUUACAUACACGCUGUUUUCAUUUGCUGGUCAAUAGUAUUCCUAGAUCCCUGAAUGUUAAUAUAUAUAAUUCCUAGAUUGCUCCUAAAGCAUGGGAAAAUGGUGAAUGACUCCCCUGACUUUAUAAAACGAGUAGCUUUAAAAUCAGCUAAACUUUCUGUUGACUUAGAACACAAAAUGAACUUUUAAAGCAAAACAAAAUUAUUGUUUUUGUGCUGUUCUCACUUUAUAGUUAUGACAUCCUUUAAAAGUGAUUAGAGAUAGUUAGCCAUGUUGAUCUGAAUCUGAGGAAGUAGGCUGUCCCUUAUGAAAGCUUAUGCCUCUGGGAAUCAGUUAGUAUCUAAAGUACCACCCUGGCCUGUCUGAUUCUUUAAAGUGAUUAUCUUUCUUUUCUUACUUAUGCAAAAAACCCUGUAUCUUGUCCAGUUCUAAAGUAUGUCUAAUUCAUUAAGCUGGUUAUAAGAGACUAUUUUAUAUGAAUGUUUUGACACCUAUUGACUUCCCAAAAACUAAAAAUGAGUUUAGUAGAAAUACUUUAAAAUCCCAACUGUAAGGGCAAGCAUUUUUCUUCCUGAGUUGCAAUUUUCUUUGAGAUUUUUUUAUAUGAAUAGAGAGACUUCUAUUUGGGAUGACUACAAAUGUUGCCUGGCUGUCAUUAUUCCAAAGGCCAUAGAUGAGUAAGAUUCCACUUGGUUUCAUAGGGGUUUUCCCAGAGCUGGAACACAAACACUCAAACUUGCUCCUGCUGAAUUAAGUGGCAAAACUGUUAUCGAUUUCCAUGGGAAUAGGGUUGGUUUGUAAGUAAAGCACUGCAGGGUUUCCUUUAAAUUAAUUUAAAUGGUUUAGCAACUUUUUAAUAUUACAAGUAUGUUUUUGAUGUUUAAACAUACUCCAGUUGUUACAACAAGCUUGUUAAAAAAGUGAUAUAUGCAAGUGUAUUUAUACCCAGGUUUCUUGUUUGUGUCUUUCUACUGGUGAAAAUAACCUAAAGUAUUCUGUUUUGGGAAGGCUCUGGUUUUUGACUCCUUUGUAUGUUGACCUAGUCAGGAGAAAUGUCAGUUUGCCUUCAGGCCCUUAAUGAAGUAAAAUAAUAUCCAUCAAGUCAGCCACCAACAAUCCUGGAGCUGGAAAUAGGAAUCUGGAAAACUUAUGAAAAUAUAUUUUUCUUCUGUAAUGACUGAUUCUUGCUUCCUUUCCAACCCUCCUCAUCCUGCACACGCAGACACACAGUAAAUGGAAAUUACUUCAUCCCAAAGUCAAAAUGACCGACUCCCAGGCUCUCAGGGGCUUUUCCUCUAAUGAUCCACAUAUAUAAUACAACUUUAAUUAUGUGUUCAUGACUGCUCCACAAUAAUAAUUUUUAAGCUUUAAAAGUGACUUCGUAAUUCUGAACUUAUUUGUCCACUUACAUGUUAAACUACCAGAAUGCAUAUAUUAUAUAAACAAUUUUGUUUAUAGAACUAGCCCAUGAGAGCUGUGGCUCUGCGUGGUCUCAUGGCUAUAUGUACCGUUUUCUGCAUUAUGGCUCAUAGUCCACAAGUAGACUUUAGAGCAAAAUGUUUUCAAAUUAGCAAUGGAAAUUGGAAAAGAUGUUCAUUUGCUAACACAGGGUUGAAGACUGCUGUGCAGAAGGGCAUGGGGGUGUAUUCUGCAGCUUCUGCACAGACAGUGUUCUCACAGAAUAAUGACAGUCAAGAGCUCUGGAAAACAGAACUUUUUUGGACCAGCUGUCCAUAAGGUGCUUUCAGUUAGUUUGAGCAUUAAGAUCUCCAUUUUUGGUCACUGCUAGUGCUAUAUUAAAGACAGUAGACAUAGACACCUCAUUCUUUAAAUCACUUUAGAUUUUAUACUGCAUUCUUUAUUCUGGCAAAACUGAUGGAUUUUAUAGUAAGACUUCAGGGUAAAUGAGAACUUCAGGUUUUUGUCAUGUGGCUAUUUCUAACAUUCAAGAAAAGUAAUCAGAUGUGAAGUUUAAAAGAAAAUACUCAGCAAAACACUUCAGAACACAAAAUAGCACAGCUGUUCUGAUCUUAUGUUAGAAGUUGGUCCUGAAAACUGUAAUAUUUACUAUUGUGAAAGUGUUUACAAAAUGGACCCUUUAAUUUGUCAUUUCUUUCAGAAUUGUUCACAAUUGGUUUUGGCUUUAUUAGAUAUUCUCUUAUUAACUUUAUGCAGACCGCUAAACAAUUUUAAUGAGUAUUUUGCAUAUGAACACUACUCCAGAGUUCUAGAGUAGGAAAUGCUUUUAGCGGCUUUCAAAUUGUUGUUUCCCUAUUGAUAUAUACCAUUUGGGCCUCAUAGUGCAUUUUUGUACACUCAGAACUAUCACUGAUUUAAAUAGGAAGUAUAGAUCCAUUAAUAGGAGCCAGGUAGGAGCCAAAAAGUCAACAAGAUUCUGUCUAGUAAACUACACAGUCAUAAUCUGAAGUAGCUUUUCAAAAUAUUUGUAAGUUCCUUAUUUCUUUUCUGAUUAGCACAUCUUUUCCACACAUUGUAUUUAUAGGUCAUAAGCAGGGUCUUUGAGAUAGGGGUACAGUUUUACUAGGCCCCCAAGCUCAGGGAGGCCCCCAAAAUCAAAUUGCUCUCAAUAUUUUUUUCCUGUUUCCAAAAGGAAGCUGGGUAGUCCCCCUACCAGGAUGUACCAGACUUUCAAAUUCCUCUCAUAGGCUGUGGUAGUUGGAUGUGGUUUUGUCUACUGUCUCACUAUUCAGAUUAAUAAGAUAUGCAGGCAUGAAUCUGCAUUCAGAAGGAAUUGUGAUCCUUUCUGUAGACUCAAGAUAUCACCCAUUUUUUCCCAUUAGGUACUCAGUUCUAAAGCCCCAGUACAAGUUUGACAUAAUGCCCUUUUUCAUUUCUGUGUAAAAUAUACGAUAGGAGUUUGUAUUUUUGUCAGGAAUAUAUGGAAUACAAGCAUCUUCCUCCACCAUACCUUCCCGCUUAAUUUAGUUUGAAUGAAACUGUUUAAUGGAAAUAUUAUUAAGGCUUCAUAGAAAGCAUUGCAAGCACUUUAAAUGUCAAGUUACUAGUUGAAGUUAAUAUUUCUUCAUAUCACAUGGAAUUGGAUCCAGUUCUACAGAUUUUAAUUUGAAAGAAACCUGUUAAGGGCAAUGGAAAAUCUGUUUCAAUAGCGACUGCCUAUAUUUGGAAAGGUAGUCUAGAUAUAACUGAUUUCUGCAUCUGUUUGCUGUAACUUUUAUCUCUUUUCCAGGAUUUUGCCAUUGUGUCAGGCCCUUAGACAACAACUUAAAAUGCACAUAAUGGUCCAGACUCUCAGUUUUGGUUAAGUCGGUAGAAUUAUACUUCUAAUAAUAUACUUAAUUAUACUAGUUGAGGAUCUGGUCCUGUAUGUCUUCCUCUUUUUUACAUAUCUCCAGCAAGAGGAGAAAGUUAAAAACAUUGGUUUUAAACAAUUUUAAACAUUUAAAACAUUUUAAAUUGAUUACUUUUGGGGGAAAAAAAACUAGUAGUUUUCCACAGUUUAAAGUUGAGGUAGACUUUCCCUCAGAUAAUUUUAAAAGGGAGAAAAAUACAAUCCACAUAGUUCAUGAUUCUAAAAAUGUCUCUAAAACCUUAACAUUUUCAUAUUAGAAGUAGGUUCUGACUCCCACAAAGUGCAAGGGGGAAAAAUUGUCCACUUUUAAAUAUAGAAAUGUAUUUAAGCAGUAUUUUAUAUGUUUGUCAAAACAAGGAGAAUCCUAGGAUCAAAUUUAGCAUUGUCCUGUUUUUCACUAAAAGGGUAUUAAAUACAGAAAUUCAGCUAGCUAUUGUUAAGUGCAUAUGUGAGAUUUUAUUUCACCAGAAUUCAUUUAUUUACAGGCAUAAAUUGAAACUACCCUCAGGGUGAAAUGCACUACAAGUAUACAUAUAGUGAGUGAUUUAAACUAUGUUAUUUUCAUUCUGCAUUAUUGUGAAAAUCAGAUGAAAAAAUUAUAAGUUUUUUUCCAAAGUGCCCAAUUAAACUAUUAGACUAUAGACUUAAUCUCUGUACUCCUCAAUCAUAGUGCUUUGAUAUACAAGCUUUGAAUAUGUAUACCAGUAUUUUGCUUGUCUUUUCAAAUGCCUCUUAAAGAAAAUGAAUGCAUCUUUCCUGUUUUCAUAAAUGAUAAUGAUAAAAAUCUAUAUAUGUUAAAAUAGAAUUUCUAUGUUAUAUGAAACAGAUAGUACUUCGGACUGCAGGACAGUACAGGUGUCAAAGUAGAUUGACCGUAGUCACAUAACCUUAUAUAUGGUACAUACAUUAUAAUACUAGCAUCUGUGUUUAAAAAUAUUUUGACAUACCUUUUCUUCUAUUGGUGCUCAGAGACAAGUUUUUCAUUACAGUUUACAAGGGAUAGGUUUGCACAUGCAAAAUCUCAGGGUUUACAGGUUUGCCCGGUGUACUUGAAAGAGAAAAAACAAAACAACAAAAAAACCCCCAGGUGCCCUGUAUUUCAAUAUAUAUUGUUGGAGAAAAAUUUUAUAGUAAUUUCUUUUGUCUAACUGCCUGUAAAAAUGAAAGCAAUAACAUGAGACAAGAGCAACAAUUAUUUAUUUUCUCAGGGGAGGUCUUUUCAGUAGAAUGUGUCAAUCCUGUUGUCAAACAAUGCUUGCUUAAUUUUGUCUGAUACAAAACACAAUUCAUGUUUGCAUAAAAGGGUUAAUUUUGUGAGGUGAGAAGCCUGCUGGUGCUAGUUCAGCAAAGCUCUUUUGCAGGUGCUUAACUUUUUGAAAACUUGAAUAGUUUUGUUGACUUCAUUGGAAAUACUUACCUGCAUAAAAUUAAGUAGGUGCUUCAGCUUUCUGCUGAAUUUGGUCCAGUGUACUUGACAUCUUGCAGGAUUGAGUCCCACAUCUUUAACGUUAUGUAUAUAUAAGUAAUAUUUUGGGCUUGAGUCUAACAUGAAAUAUGCAUGUAGACAUUGCCACAGGGAGUAACUAGAAAAAUCCAGUAACAUGGUGCUUUGACAUGCAUGCCCUGUCUGUAGUGAUUUUUUUAAGCUAAUCAGGUGAUGUUUAACCACAUAUCUUGGAUUAGAGUCAAUCCUUCUAUGUCAGGUUCACAAACUGCUAGUAUUAUAUGUUUCAUAUUGCAGCCCUAGUACAUUUUGAGGUGAAAUUCACCCCUGUGCCUUAGGCCAGCACAGGUCCUGUGUACUGCUCAAGUUCCUCCUAAACCUUUAGACAUGAUCCAAACCCCACUGCAGGCUUGGUUAACUUUACUGACUUUUGGAUCAGAUCCUGUUUCAAGGCUUUAAUGCAGGGGCGGGCAAAAUCCGGCCCGGGGGCCAGAUGCGGCCCACCAGGCCAUUCUAUCCAGCCUGCUGGGCCCCUAAAAAUUUUAGAAAAUUAAUAUUUAUCUGCCCCUGGUUGCCUGUCAUGCAGCCCUUGAUGGCUUGCCAAAACUCAGUAAGUGGCCCUCCUCCCAAAAUAAUUGCCCACCCCUGCUUUAAUGGGACCUGAGUAAUGCAUACACUGUGUGUUAGUCUUUUGCACUGGGGUUAAAUUAUUUUUUUUUUAGCUUUAAUAAUAUUUAAUUUGGUGAAUGGCUUAAAAAUAUUUUAUGGGUGCGUGUUUAUUCCUGUCUGCAUUUGAAGAUGCCUUUACUAUCUAGUGUUGAUGGCCAAAGUGUCAUUCCUUUUUCUUUUUAAUUAUUAUAAACUUGUGGCUACCUGAGAACACGUACAGUACUUUAAAAAUGAUUGCUGUUUAAGAUUAUUAUAUUCCUUUCGGGGGAGUGGGAGGCUGAGGGAAAAUCAAUGUUAUUUAACAGCACAAAUGUGAAGUAAGCGCAAUAAUUGUUAAAAAAGAGAAUGUGGGUGGUAUGUUUGAUUAAAGAGCUGUGGGUUACAUGGCAAAUGGUAAAAGCUGAGUGUGGUGAAGGUUUUGUGAUGAUAAUGGGAUAUUGUCUAUGGAAAGAGAAGACAUAAAAAAAAGAGAAUUUGACUCUUUGAGCUGCUUUCAACAUAGAUGACGUUGUGGCAAGUUCCUAGCUGAAGUCUGAAGUGAUCACAUUACAGAAUGCUGUGAGUUUGGAACAUAAGGACAGCAAAAUAGCUCUGAGAAUUGCACUAAGUGUGUUGCACAUCGGUGAAAUUUUGAUUAGAUGAGGAUCAUGUGAGUAUUGACUGUGUGAAACCUUUGAAUACCAAAGUUUGUAACUGGUUGGACAAGCAUUUGUAUCAAGUUUUUUGAAUGUUAUGACAAAUAAAAUGUAUUUUUCAGUAAAAGACAUUGC